GGUCAUUUCUGAGCACAGAUACCAUCCAGGCUGAGGCUCAAGGGGAAGUUCUUGACCUGCCCUGACGUCUGUACCAUUUGGAGCAUUAGACAGCCCGUGUAAAGAACACCAGACCAGUAUGCAGUGAUCCCAGCUGAUGCGGGCUUGAGGCAAGGUUUGAACAAGCUGAAAGUGAUGCCAGAGCUCAGAAAGUGUUCCAAGCGAGCAGCGUGCGUGUGUUCUCAGGUCAUUGCAAGACUAAUGUUCUUUGCUCUACGCGUGAAGAGAUCCUGCCACUAUUCCUCCUUCCGCUGCUGCAGUUAUUGAAAGAAGAUGCCGGACCUUUCGUGUGCCAGUUCACAGGUGGCUUGCGUGUGCUACACAGGACAUCACGUGGCUGUAUUUUAGUAACUGUGUGCCACAGUCCUGGGCUGUGAAAGAGAAAUCCACAAGGAAGGAAAGGAGGGAAUCCUAACCUUCCUGCCUAAAAUAAGAGCGCGUUUCUCACUCCAUUUUGUUGACUUCCCUCGGCAAACACAGUACGAAUACCUGGGGCAAUACGCAGCGCUGGCUUGAAGGGGGCCUCUUUCUCGUGCUUUAAUGUGAUUUGUGACUUUCAUGUAUCCUUGUAGCUGCAGCAUCCAGCAAUGGGAUUCAGACGAACCUAUCCCGCGGUCAGAAUUGCUGGCGGGUGUGGCUGGGAAGCAUGGACUGCUCUGUCUCUUGUCUGAACGGAUAGACAAAGAGGUCCUCGAUGCAGCAGGGUCUAACCUUAAAAUAAUCAGCACGCUGUCUGUGGGUGUUGACCAUCUGGCUCUAGAAGAAAUUAAAAAGCGUGGAAUCCGUGUGGGAUACACCCCGGACAUCUUGACGGACGCCACGGCCGAGCUCUCGGUAGCUUUGCUCUUAGCUGCGUGUCGCAGGCUGCCGGAGUCAGCGGAGGCAGUGAAGAAUGGUGGUUGGACAACAUGGAAGCCUCUGUGGAUGUGUGGGUACGGGCUGUCUGAUAGCACUGUAGGAAUCAUAGGGCUGGGAAGAAUAGGACAGGCAGUGGCGCGCCGUUUAAAGCCAUUUGGGGUCAAGAAAUUUUUGUAUACGGGAAGUCGCCCAAAACCAGAGAGCGCCGUGGAGUUUCAAGCCGACUUUGUCCCACUCACCAAGCUAGCAGAGGAGUCAGACUUUGUUGUUGUUACUUGUUCCUUAACUCCUGACACUAAAGGAAUGUGCGACAAGGAUUUCUUCAGCCGAAUGAAGAAAACGUCUGUGUUGAUCAACACAAGCAGGGGAGCGGUGGUGAACCAGGAAGACCUGUACCAGGCUUUGGUUAGUGGCCAGAUUGCAGCUGCUGGUCUGGAUGUCACAACCCCAGAGCCGCUGCCUACAGACCACCCUCUCCUUUCCCUGAAGAAUUGUGUGAUUUUGCCUCACAUUGGAAGCGCUACCUACGCCACGAGAAGCGCCAUGUCUGUGCUGGCUGCUAACAACCUUCUGGCCGGCUUGAAAGGGGAAAGCAUGCCAAAUGAACUCCAGCUGUGAAGAGAAGAGAAUCCCAAGAACAUCGCUGGCUAGACCAGGUCAUACCUUAAAAAUGACCAUUUUCUCUUAGCCCAGAGAAGCAGAACAGAUCCUGACUCAUUCCUGCUGUAAAGUUGGUGUAUGUGUGUCUGUCGUUCUGCAAGUAGAACUUAUU